AGUCGAUCCACCGCAGCAGCGACCGAGCCCGGUCAGAAUCGUUUCAACACUCGCCGGAGCAACACAGGAAAAAUCGGUUUGCUCGCUAUCAUAGUCGGAGUUUCGUUCUCCAAAGAUUUUGUACUACGAGACUUGUAUUUUUUUUAUUCUUCGCUGUCGUGUUCGGCAAAUCGGUUUCCGGCUCGAUUUCGGAAGUGCCGUCGUGAUUGAUUCGUUCCGGAUCGGAGAGGAAAACAGUGAAAGUGUUUUGAUUGGAUUGCAACGUAAACAAGAAACUGGGAAGAUGAUUUAAAAUAAAGGAUAUGAGAAUUUAGUGAAUAAUUGUGCCUUUCAUGAAUGAUAAGGGAAGGUUGUGAAACGGAAUAAUUUUUUUUGACACAAAUGGAUUCAAGUGUAUUUUGAGUGAAGAGAGAAUCGCUGAAAAAAAUUAAUCGGAGAAAACAUUGAAGCUGACGGUGUGAAUUCAGCUCCCACUGUGGAUACUCUGCUAAAGUACAAGUUCAAAACAAUGGUUACCGGAAUUGGAACCGCAGCGCAGCAAGUUGGCGCAAUGUCGACCACCUCGCAAAUUUCACCGGCCGAGCAACCGGUGGUGAAACGUCCCAGCGACAACCGAAGAAGCAAUAAACCGAUCAUGGAAAAACGUCGUCGAGCUCGCAUCAACAACUGUCUGAACGAGCUGAAGACACUGAUCCUGGAUGCCAUGAAAAAAGACCCGGCUCGUCACUCCAAACUGGAGAAAGCAGACAUCCUGGAAAUGACCGUCAAGCAUUUGGAAAACCUGCAGCGGCAACAGAAUGCCAUGUCGCAGGCAACCGAUCCGAAUGUGAUGAACAAAUUCAAAGCCGGGUUCAACGAGUGUGCCCAGGAGGUCAGUAGGUUCCCGGACAUAGAUCCGAUGACUCGUCGGCGACUGCUCGCCCACCUGAGCAACUGCAUCAACGGGGUCAAAACCGAUCUUCCGAAAGCUCGCCAAUCGGCAGUGCAAGUACACAUCCUCCCAUCGCCACCAAGUUCUCCGGAACAGGAUCAUCACCCGCAACCUCAUCCAGCACAGAUCAAUGCUGUGCAAACAGGCAACGGAGUGUAUUUCACCAACAGCAUCGGGUCAAGUGUUCAACUGAUUCCCACCAAACUCCCUAAUGGAAGCCUUGCCUUUGUGCUUCCACAAGCCAUCCCUGCGGCAAACGCUCCGGUCCCAAUGCUGGUGCCCAUCCCAAGUCGCACCGCAUCAACUGGUUCAGCCGCUUCCAGCCAUUCAUCGUCUUCCGCGUAUGACCGAGUCUCUCAACACGCCACCUCGCCCUACCACGCUCCACCAAGUCCUGCCAACUCCCACUACGAGCCAAUGGACUGCAAACCCUCGGUCUUCCAAGAUCAACAGCAAUACCUCCACUCGCAGCAGAUGCGUUACCAGCAGCAACCUCAGCAGCAAUCACGAUCCUACAGCCCCGACAGUCCGCUGUCCCUGGUCAUGAAGAAACCCUACCAGGACCAAAACCAAGACGAUGACAAACCGUGGCGACCGUGGUAAUCCAACGCCCGUGUCAUCCACACAUCGAGUCAUAAAACAAUUAGUACCUUAGCACCCCACCAGUCGCGGCAGCCGGAAGUAUACACAAAUCGCUCGCUCGUGUACACGAGCCGCAGUAAACCGACCUGAAGCAGCUCUCGCACCGUCGUUGAGCACACACAAUGUAGUGCCUGCCCUUCCGAUUCGCCGCCCGUCGACCGUCGCCAAUUCGCGUAAAUCACCGAGUGCACUGAAAUAAAUAGUUUGAAUAGCAUCUCACUCGCCACCAUCGUCGUCUUCACCCUCACCAACUAGAAACAAUGUAGACAUCGGAGAAGCCGUGGUGAGUGAACGUGCGAGCAACGAGCAGAAGCGCAACGUCAAAGGGUCACGAGUGUCGCGCUUGCUUGCUUUCCCACACUCAUUACACGGCCCCCAGCAAUAGUCAUUCUCGUGCAAAAGUCUGCGUGUGUGUGUGUGUGUGUAUGUGAACAUGGCCCAAGACAGUUCGGUGAAGAUCGUGCCAAUAGAAUAUAGUGAGUGAUCGCACGCGGAGGCGGAGAAACACGGGCAAACGGCAGCGCAACAAUAUUGUAAACUCGCUACAAAGUGUGUGAUUGAAGCGCGCAAAAGGAGUGAACCCAACGUCGCUGCUGCUCGAAAUUCAAAUGGCAUGUGAAGAAGACAAAAACCACCGCCGUCGACGCCGUUGAGCGUGGAGAACAAGACAAAGAAGAUUGCGGCACGAGGCAAAAUUUAUUUUUACUUUCGGGAGAAUAAAUUUUUAUCACUCUCGUCUCGAAGUGUAGAAGCGGUGACGCGGCGAACGUGCGCGUGUUUGAACGAAGAAUGCGAUACUGGUCUCUUUCGCAACGUGCCCACUUUGACCAUUCAACGUACGGCGCUCGUAACGAAACGCCCUGAUCGGGAUCGGCACAGGUCGGGCUAGUCAUCCAUGUCCCGCGAGAGGAUUCAGCGCCUGGUGGUGGUUGCAAUAUCUCACAAAAUACAAACGAAACAACAAAGUAUAAAUGAAACCCGCACAAACUCUGCUGAGGAGAAUGGUGGAAACCCUGUUGCUGUGAAUAAUUUGUAAGGCUUUUUAGUGUGAUAAGCAGAGAGUUAGAGUUACAGAGAAGAAAAAAAAAACAACACAAAACAAACCUUAGGAUCAAGGAGUUCAAAACUUUGCUAGACAAAUGGAAGUAAAUCCCACGUUUACAGUAAUCACACAAUAACUAUCCUACUGGUAGCAGUAGUCAGCGUUUGUGUGAGUGUGUGUUGGUUAGAAAGUCAAAGUGGCGAGGACCGCGAACAAUCAUGUGAUUAGCUUCUUGAAGUUUUAUUUUAAGAUCGCCCCAAUCCAUCUUUCGUGCAUCCACCAUCCUCUUUCCUGUCCAUUCAUCUCAUUUUGAUGCCAAUAAAUUCUUGUAAAUAUUUUCAUUUCGUUUUGGUUCACCACGAACAAGCGAGCGCGACAAAAAUCACAAAAGUCUUCCAUUAGAGCAAGUUGUGAGAACGCCAAUCAGGGAUUCCUAGUUCUUGAUUAGGAUAGUGACGGUAGGUUCGCCACCGGCCAAAGGUCAUUACUGAUCUUUCCGUUAGAUUUUAUUUUAUUUUCCAGCGUGAUUCGUUCGCGGUUGUGAGAGGAGAAAAAUAAGUGAGAAAAGCGAAUAAAUUAUUCAUCAGAGUGUGUAAAUAUAGCUUUCCUUUACACUGUUAAGUUCCAAUUCUAGAGCCGAUAGGAAAACAAAGCGAUAGGCAUUAUUAUUUAUACGGAGCAAAUGCGUCAAUAACAAAUUAGAGAGUACGGCCCCAACCAUUUGGAAGCAAUUUUAGCAGAAUGAAAGAAGCAAUCGAAAACAAUUGACUUUAGUGAUUAGCGUUGAUGGGGGAAUUGAUUCUCCUGUCGAAUUAAGAUAUGUAUGAUACAAAGAGAAUAUGCUUGUGGCAACACAACACAGAUUAAAUAUUUUAAUGAAAUAGAGAAAAGAUGAAAAUGGAAAACUAUGGAAAAUAUAAAAUAUUUUUGAAAUUAAAAUAA